AUGCCAAUUGGCCAGUGCUACCUUAUCAAAAAGAUGGUCAACGACUCUUGCAAGUACACGUCAGAAGAAAGUUUUUUCUUGCAGGAUAUAUUGUCGAUUCCUGAAAAGGAAAGGUCAAUCACCCAUUAUUCGAUUGGCGGUAUGAAAAGUAUUCCGUUGAAUUACUUCCAAAUAAUUGCGACACUUCCAAAUUAUUUGGAAAAGCUAGUUGUUGACUUCGCCACGGCUCGUCUGGCACCGCAAAUGUGGGAAGAAUUUGAGAGAAUCGUUGUCAAAUGUGAUGAUCAUGUGUUCCUCGUCAGGUCACCGAGUGACGUGGACCAUGUUUCGAAAUGCUGUUGGCGAUGGUUGCGCAGUAGCCAUCCCAAGUUUCUUCCACCAAUGGAUGGCUCAUAUUACGUGCUUUCACAACGACGGGUCGAACCAGUGGUUUAUGUUCGAGUUGUUGUGUUAUACACGGCACCGAGAUGGACCACGGUUUUGGAAUUGGACUCGGGAAAGAUUUAUUCGGUCGAUAAUAUCUCCAGCUUGUUUUUCCCUCUUCCUGAAGAGCUGAAAUUUCGAAUUCCUAUUGUUAAAGCAAAAGCAAAGUUUUGGAAAUUAACGAGAAAAGAGUUUGAGCAAAGUUCGCCGAGAAAGUUAUUUAUCGAAGACUACGAUUUCGUCAAUGACGUUCCAAUCCUAAAUGCCACCCCGUUCGCCGUCAAGUUGCGAUCAAAGUCCAUGUCUGACAUUGAAUCUCACUUCACGUCUGACACUGAAUCUCAAUUCAAGUAUGAAAUUAACAAAUCUGUUGACCCCUUCAUCCACGAAAAUUUUCCAGAGUUUUCCGAUGAGGUGAAGGCGGUUGAACAAAGAAUCGGUAAGCAUGAGAAUGCGAAUACUAUCGCUGGAGAGCAGCAAAAAUUGAUUGAGAAAGAUACUGAUGCGAAUACGACAUUCAAUAAUACUGAAGACCGAAGAUUGAUCGUGAUCGACAUUGAUUGGAAGCCGACUUUCAUUCAGGAAUACCGUGGAGAAGACUUCUGGAAUAGAUGA